AUGGGUGUGGAAAUUCGUGGCUCCGUUUAUCGGGCCAGGAUUAAAGUUGCCGGCGUGAGAUAUGUGGGUCCAUCGCGACAGCAGCUGGCAGCGGCCGAAGCAGAUCAGCGACAGCUGGAAGCUGCGCGUGCUGCAGGCGCUGACAUGGAAGCAGUCAUCAAGCAGUUGUUUGCGUCCAUGGAAGUUGAUGCCAGAGCAGCCCGGGUAGAAGAGUGUAUCGAAAAGUGCAAAGACAGUUUUCGUGCGCGUUUCAAAAAGCAAGGGCAUACGUACUUUGGACCCCUUCGAACUGUGAGAGCUGAAGCAUUGGAGGAUGCCCAGACUUUGCUGGCAGCUGCUGACAUUUCCAUUCCAGCAUUGCAAGCUGCGGAAACGAGAUUGAAGGAGGAGAGUGGGCUGCCAGAAAUGUCUUUGGAGAAGGCAGUGCUUGAAGCCAUGUCGUACUGGCUGAGACAAGGUUCCACCUUGGAAAUGGAAGGAGUUUCCAGGGCACUGAAGACGCGAAUGCGUCGUGUGACAAAGGGUUCAGAACAAGAUGUGCUCUUCGAUGCGGCAAAGCUGCUAGUGAAGGAGCAUCUGGAGAUGGAGCAUUUUGCUCAGCAAGCUUCUGCGGAAUGGUUGUGGGAGAAAGGUGUGCAUCUGAGGCUGGACUACGGCAGUCGCCCUCGUGACACUUCUGGUUUGCAAGAUCGGUUUUGGCAGACUGGCCUGCGAAAUCUGGGCAACUCCUGCUAUUUGAACGCUGUUGUUCAGUGCAUGGUCGCAUGUCAGCCUCUGCAUAGGGAUUUGUCUCAGAGACUGCGGAAAGGGCAGUUCCGGACAUGCAUGGAAGAACUGACGCAACGCCUGCAGAGCGAGAAGUACGAUUGCAUCGCUCCGUAUGCUUUACUAAACCAGAUCUAUUUGACCAAUACCGUGAAAUUUCCAGCUGGAGAAUCGGCAGAUUGCAGUGAUUGCCUCGAAAUCCUGCUUGAGACUUGCAUCAAUGACUGCGGGUUAUAUGUGAGCAGUGCGGAAGCCACAGGCAGAGGGCGUGGCAUCGAACACGCUGACGGUUUGUAUAUGAUGACCAGCACGCCGAUGGAAUUGGAUCAUCGUGCAAUCACUGUGGAGGAGGUGAUGCGGGCGAACUUUCCAUGUGGCUGGCCGAACUCGGAUGCUGUCAUCCUGCAACUGGACGGCAACCGUGAGGGCGCUGCGAUCGAUUGGACGCAGCUACUGGCUCAGUCUGGAAGAGAGGACACGGCAAAAUAUGACGGAACAAGCUUUGGUGACCGUCGCCAUGUGUGCUACAUUGUGACAGGUUUCGUAGAAUUUCAUGGAGGUCAUUUCAUUGCUUCUGUGAGACAGAAAAGCGGCUGGAUGAAAUGCGAUGAUUCUGUUGUUAGUCGUUUGGCAGCUGGAGUAACCGGUAAGUGGCCGAGUCUGAUUUUUCUGGAGAGACUGCGACGGCAGGGACGAGUCGAGCCUGCGGUGUCCUCUUUGGCCCCGGGGGCCUGGUUGGCUCGGUUGCCGGGUUUGUUGGCUGCAGCCGUGACAGGUGAAUCUUCGGACUGGCAAAGGCGAGUUGCUCGCAGAACCGAACUUCCAGCUUGUGGCGGGGAAGGGCUCAAGACACACCGACACUGGACGGUGAGCAAGUUAGCAUUGAAAGGUUCCUCCCGCACACAGAAUCGUGCUGGUCGCCAACAGGAACGGACUGGUCGGAGCCGGAAAGAAAAUCGUGCUGGUCGGAAGCAGGAACGAAAGCGUGCUGGUCGGAAGCAGAAACAAAAGCGUGAUGGUCGGAAGCAGAAACAAAAUCGUGCUGGUCGGAAGCAGGAACAAAAUCGUGCUGAUCGGAAGCAGGAACAAAAUUGCGCUGAGCGGAAGCGGGAAGAAAAUCGCACCGAUCGAACACAGGAAUUUGUUGGCCCACGCCGGCAAGAAAGAAUCCUGGGCGCCGCCACCUGGUCGAACAACAUGUCUGGUCACAGAACUGACAAGGUCAAUGAUGAGGAUAACCCAUUCAAUCGGUUUGUGUAUGCCUUUUCACUGCGCCGUGAUCAUGCAGAAGAGGACCUGCGUGAAUGGCUACAUGAACCAACGGUUGUGGCUGCGCAGCCUUGCUUGUUGUGUCAGGAAGGCUUCGAACAUCGUGAUGCUUUUAUUGCUCACGUUGAUGCCGUGCAUGGUGGUCUCCAACGCUAUCGAAAUGCUUGUUGGUUCCUGGAAUGUCUAUGCCCUCAUGUGGUUACUGCUCAGGAGGUGAGGCACUAUGUGAGCAACUAUGCCACCUUUUUGCGACUGGGGGCCAUGGAUUGGGAAAGGUCUCUGGUUGAAGCUGUGUCGCAACCAGAAGCUUGUUUGGAACAUGUUCUUCGACGUCGAUGUGCCUGUGUUUUCUGUCCUCGAUCAUUUUGGAUGGAAGAUCUGAAAGAUGUAUUUUUGCAAGGGGAUCAAUGUUUCAUGCAGAAUCCGGAUGCAGUUUGGGAACUCAUUGGCGAAUUGGAAGCGUCUGCAGUGAAUAUGGGCACCAAGAAUAAACCAAAGUUGGUGCUGUUGCACAAACGCCGUGUUUCGGAGGCAGCUGUUUGUGGGGAGGCUUCAGUCGGCAUUUGUUCCGACUGUGACGCUGCAUUCAGCGGAAAGAAGCCAAGUUUGUGCAGAUUCGCUUUGGCCAACGAUAUGUGGUUGGGCCGCAUUGAUCCAUUGCUGUGGAAAGCAAAUCUGACGCACGAAAUGUGUUUGGCUUUGGCGCGAACUGUGGCCACCAAAGUGGUCUUGCGCCAAGCCAUGGACAAGGUGACCAAAGAGAAGAUGAGUGCGAUCCUGAAAAGCAAGGAUGGUGUAAACAACAAAUUGGAGAAGAUCUUGGCAUUGCUCACCCUUGCCAACCUGGCCUAUGGGCUGAUUCUCAAGCCUGACUCCUUACAUGUCCAUCCUCACAACAGAGGAUCUCAGAUGGUCAAUGCCUUUGAAUGGCACAAGAAGGGGCAGUUGCAAGAAGCACAAGACCAGCAAGAGGGGCAAGCUGCAGUUCGUAGGAUUGCUCAGUUUCAGCUUGACAAAGCAUUGUUUGUGGAUCAAGCCAACUGUUUGCGAGACACGAACCCAGUGUAUGCUGAGGGCGUGACUGAGAUCAACCGAGACCUGUUGACUGAGUGGGUGGAUCAACAAGUCCCGCAGCCCAUUUUGGAUUGUGUGUUGACAGUUCCAGUCGGAGAAGGAGGUCCUGGAGUGAUGCGUCAAGAAGGUCCGGCGAGUGCCACAGAACAACGCACGACACCGGAUGAAGAUCCCGUGAUUUUUGCGAUGGAGUCUGAAGUCUCUGAUUUCAAUAGCAAACGACUGGACCUGUCCAAUCGCAUUGUGGUGCUUUUACAAAAACUGGAAGAGCUAGAAGCAGCGGGCGCACGAUCUGUCGCUCUUGAAAUGGAAGCCUUGGUUGAGGAUGAAGGAUCGCAGUGGGUGGAUCAGGCUGGUCGAAAGCGCAUUUUAGAACUUUGCAAUGAAAUUCAUGAGUCGUGUGAAAAGGUGUCCCACGCAGGCAUGAGGACCAAAUUGGAAGAAGAACUUCGUGAUAUUGUGGAGGGCCGGUCCAGGUGGCUUCUAAAAAGUGAGACCAACAGUAAUGGAGAGCCCAGCUUGGCUGAAGUCGACGUGACGACGGCAAGCGGUGUGGGAGCCGAAGUCGACGUGACGAUGGCGAGCAGGGAGCGAUCCGGCCAGGUAGAUCGCAGUGGGCCUGGACAUUUGGUGGUGGCUCGAGGCAAGAAACCACUCAGUCUUUUGGAUUGGAAGAUUUGGGCCAUGGCCCGGCCACGCUUGUGGCGAUAUGGUGAUGCUGCGAACUUGUAUCCUGAUCGAGAGGUACCUUUGGCCACCCGGGAGUGGGCUGCAUGUUUGCUUUUGCGGGAGGAAUUGGAAUACAGUUUGAGUGAUGAUGUUCACGAGAGUCCUGUGCAAAAUCGUUUUAGUGGCGAUUGGGUGGCCUUGCACAUGAUAGCCACAGUGUCCCGCUUGACGGACCAACAUGCGGCAACCUACAAUUUCUUGAAGAAUGGUGGCAUGGUGUUUGCUAAGACUCUACGAGGAUUGUCUGCUGAAAAGUUGGCACAGGCAGCGAGAGUGAGCAAAGAUGCGGGUGCGUCGUUGCAGCAGUUGCACACCACCCCGGGCAUACCUCGAGAGGUCAAGGAUGCCCUGCAUGCCAUGAACGGCGCAUCCAGCGCCGUUUUAGGCACAGACGGCCAUCGUCAGUUCUGCCGUCAUGAAGGAUGUGCCUACAUGGAAACCUUCGGUCCGCCUCUGAUUUUCGUCACUCCAAACGUUGCCGACACUCAGCACCCCUUGCUUUUGAUCGUGCAAGGAGAACAGAUUGACCUUGGAGCGGUCAGUGCUGACAUGGCAUCGACUUUGCCAAAAUACCGAGAUAUGCUUCGGCGUGUGGCCCAGGAUCCAGUCGGGCAAGUCGGGCAAUUUGAAAUGUUGAUGAGUUUAUUUUUACAGCACGUCUUGAAUGUGCGGCCAGAGACCCUGGAUUGCCGCCGCAACUCCGUCAGGGCUGCGUGCCGGGAGUGGUGCAGCGACGGUGUCGCUGCGGCAUCCAGUGGUUCUGGCAUGGUUGGGCCGGUUCUUGCAUUUCGUGGCGAAAUCGAAGCUCAGGGUCGUGGGUCUUUGCAUCCCCACAUCUUGGUGUGGUUGGUUUGUGGUCACCUGGAGGUCUUGAGUCAACUGACGGAAAUCUUGCGCACCAAGCAGCACGAACUGCGACAACGCUUGAAAGAAUUCAUGCAAUUGGCGGUGGCAAGUUUUGAAUCCAUUUCGCAUGCUUCUGUGCAAGCGGCUCCACGUUGUGUUGGAAGUGAUAUUUUGGAUGCACCUGUCAAGAUCACGGAGGUGGCGCGUGAUCUCUUCAGGGGUGAUGGUGGCUCGGAUAAGGAACUGCUGGAACAAUUGAAAGAGAAAACACCUGAACAAGAAGAGUAUCUGCUGUGGAUUUCUGAGGAAGACUUGGCGGCGGAGGAGGCAGAGGAAGCUGGAGAUCAUGAUGUGGAGCUGUCGCAAGCGAUCAGUAUCAGUGUCAAUGAAGCCUUUUGUGAUGGUAUCAAUACAGGCUUUUAUGUCAACAACUAUACAACAAAACCGGGCCCGGGCUUGAAAACACUGAUGGAUGAACUGCAGACGGGCAUCCAACGGCUGGAAAAUGAAAACAAAGAACGUGAAGAAAAGAGAAAAGCAGAGCGGGAGGCUGCAGAAGCCGCUGGGGAACACCUGCCGGGGCGUCGCAACAAAAUUUUUGCUGACACGUUGCGUACCCUGAUGCGAUUGACGGCAUCAUAUCGACGCUGUCAUUGGAAGAGCUUGAAGCUUGGCGUCGUCAGUAUGGCGAUUCAGUCUGGCAGCACAUUGAGGAUCCAGGAGCCUGUCGUAUUCAGGCGGCCUGGAGUGGAUGAUCUGGAGUUGAAGGGUUGGAAGAAAGUUUAUCGCAAGGAUCCGGCCACGGAGGUGGUUGAUGAAAUUUUUGUGGGUCCGAAUGGACAAGUGUGUCCAGACCUUUUGGCUGCCUUUGAAGAAUACCAAGGACGUGAGAGGAAGAAUGCCGGACAGGCGUUGAGCUAUGUGCAGGAACUCCUCAAACUUCAUGCUGUCACGGAGAUGGUUGUUCCGAUUGAUACGGACGCCAGCGUUGCUACGAAUCUGCAGUCUCUGCAAGCAGAUGGCCAAGAGGUAGCUGUGAAGACCACGAGCAAUGUGGAAGCCAAACGUUUGGCCGUGACAUCAUCCAGUCUGGAAGACUAUCUGUUUCGUGGCGAUCAUCCUUUGCUGGCAGGCAUGAGUUGGGCCACGUAUGGAACGUGGGUCUACCGUGUGGAAUUGGCACGGGGUGCAGACAAGUCGGUGAAGUCGGCCAUACCUCGGUUUGUUGAUAUUUAUUUCGAUUGCUCGUACAAGCUUUACAACAGUCAUGCACAGCGGAUCUCCAGUGAACCGCGUGUGCCUAUGUUUGAAGGCUUCACUAUGCCACCGCUGACACACGACGGCGAGCGGAACGCCAUGUACAAGCAAGUGCAGUGCCGACCAGUGGGAGUGCAUCUGGUGAAAGAGGUCGAUAUUCAACACACUGAGGAAGAGUUGGUGCUGAAUGCUUUCAAGACAUUUUCAACACCUGUAGUUGAAACUGGCGAUGUUCAUGUGGAUCGAUCUCGACAGGCACACACUGCUUUUACAAAAUCCUUUUUGGAAUGGAAGUGUGGCAUGGAGAAAGAAGCUCAACUGGCCAGGCAUCGGUUUGCGGAAAGAUAUGAAUACCCGAGCCUGUGGGAGACCCAAGAAAUGAUCACAGAACUGGAAAGCAGAUAUUUGAGGUAUCUGGAUGCUGAGACAUUGCCACCUACAGGACAGGAUUUUGAUCUCGGGAAGCCGCGGUGCACUGUUUCUAUGUAUUCGUCGCUUCUGGCACAACAGCGGAUUGCAAAUCUUGAAGGACUUGCACGUGCCAGACAACACAAACCGAAACGUAGAAGAGACGAAGAUGCUCAUUUGCAUGAGGAGUAUGUGAAGAUGCACACGCUUGGAGAAGCUGAUGAUGUUGGCGCGGAUGGCGACAACGAUGAAAAUCUAGAGGCUUUGGUGGAAGAGACAAGUGUGGUGAAAAAGGAAGUCUUCCCGCCAAUUGGUUUGCGCCUCACUGCAGAAGAGCAGAAACAGCUUUUGCGCUUUGAUCUGCAAGGUCGCAAGAAUGACUAUGUGAAAACAUUUCUGCAGGAGACCUGGAUGAGAGACGAUGUAUUUGAGGAUGCCCGGCAAGAUCUCUAUUGGAGUGUCCGAGAGACAAAACCAGGGGAAGAGGAGGAAGAUGUCGAAGCCCAGACGGAUGAGCCGGACGAGGUGGUUCGUUUGCGUGCUCUCCGCACCUUACUGCCUUUGCUCCCACGGGAUUGUGCACGUUUCACGGAUCAGAACGUGUACACGACACCCUCUGCCAUGCUGUCAGACAUGGUCGCAAAUCUACCCACCACGGGCAGAUUGAACGAGGAUCAGAUGCUCUUUGCAUUACGGUUCGGAGAUGUGUUGGACACUCUCUGGAAAGAAGAACAAGAGUUGCCACCUGAACGGAGAUCUGUGUAUCACAUGUUGUUACUGGGACAGGGCGGAUCAGGCAAAACUCAUGUUGUGCAAAAGUUUAUUUUUCCGGUUGUGCAUUUCAUCUGGCCGCCAAGCAAAGAGGAAGAGUCUCUGAUGGUUGUUGCGGCCAAAAACUCGCAAGCCAAAAACAUUUCUACAGAAGGUGUGCGAGCCAAGACAUUGCAUAGAGCAGGUUGCAUGCGGAUCCAAAGUUUGAAGAAUCAGGAUAUGGCUCCAGGCAAGAAGGAAAAGGCUUUGGAGAAAACUUGGAAGAAUGUUCGUGUCUUGAUCAUCGAAGAGAUCAGCAUGGUGUCGGCUUUGCUUUACAAUAUGCUUGAUUUUCGUGCCAUGUGUGGUCGCCGGCUUCCUUUCAAGGUGGACCGAGACACUUACAUGAAAGUCGGCUGUGCUUUCGGGCGGGUUCCCAUCGUCAUUCACCUGGGAGACUUUUUCCAAUUACGUCCGACUGGUCAGAUAUCCUUGAUUGAAGAUCUGAACCGGCGAGAUGAAGACGGCCAGUACGUCCACAAAGAGGUCCCUGGGGUCGAGAUCCCAGAUGUUUAUGAGCUACGUGGCACCAUGCGCUUCAAGCCGCAAGAUCCGCUUAUCGAGAUCUUGCAAUGCAUGCGGCUUGGCCACACACUGCCGGAUAGGCUCUGGGCUCAGUUCCAGGACCACGUGAUACGAGAUGAAGCUCCCGGCAUUGCUGAUGCUCGCUUGGAUUCGGAGAACUUUCGGUCGGGGUACUGUAUGUCGAUUUACUGGGCAUCUUUGAUUCGCAUGAUGUAUCGUCGCACCAUCCUGCAGGCGAGCCGAUGCAAUCAGACACUGGUCUUUUUGCAAGCUGCUGAUACUUGUAUGGGCAUAAACCAUGAGACUGGCAUUCGGUUUUUGAAUCAGCCGAACCCGUACAACACUGGUUUGAUUCAUGGCAUUUUGCCUUGCUUUGUUGGCAUGGAAAUUCGCUUGUUGGCGCGUGUGGAUGCCGACCAAGGGCUGGUGCAAGAUACGGUGGCAACCAUUAUGGAUUUUGGGUUUCAUGAUGCCGAUCGAGCAAGAUAA